GAGUCCUAUCAGGAGAAGGCUUGGAGAAAAUUCAGGGAGCAACCAUUAGUCCCUAUAGGCGUCCUUGCGACAUGUGGUGCACUGAUCAUGGCUACGGUCAAAAUGAGGCGCGGCGAUUCCCAAUCUCUGAAUAAUUGGUUACGCGUUCGUGUCAUCGCUCAAGGUGCAACGAUCGCCGCUGUCUGUGUAGGAACUUAUGCACUGGGCUCGAUUGGCGGCGAUGAAACAAAACAGACGAAACAACUUGACGAGAUACAGGCAAAUAGGGAAGCUCGUGCCGGCAGGGAUCGAAAGGAGUUCGAGGACCGGUUG